AUGUUUACUAAGAUUGUAUGUUUCUCCGCACUUGUCGUAUUAGCGGCUGGCCAAUAUGGACAUGGGCACGGUGCAGCUUACUCAUCGCAGCACAUCUCUCGUCACGACGGACAUCCCGAGGUCAUACACGCACAUGGUGGUCAUGGUCAUGAUCACGUAGACUAUUAUACUCAUCCUAAAUACGAAUUUGAAUAUAAAGUAGAAGAUCACCACACCGGCGACAUCAAGUCCCAGCACGAGAGCCGCGACGGUGACGUAGUGAAGGGAUACUACGCUCUGCACCAGCCUGAUGGCUCUGAAAGAGCAGUCCAUUAUCAUGGUGACCAUCACACCGGAUUCCACGCUGAUGUGAAAUAUGACACUCAUCACCUGGUCCCCAAACAUCAUUAU